AUGGCAAACAGAUUACUACAAAAAAGAUUGGGUAAAAUCAACGGCAAGAAGAAUCCUAAAAAGAAUCCUAAAAAGGUACAAAAAAAUGCCAAUGUCAAAUCAGAAGGUAAAGUUGUCAAAUCUACAGAACUGAAAUGGAAAAAAGUCGAUAUUCCUGAUACCUUGGGUGAUUUCGGUGGUUUAUAUGGUUUAGAGGAAAUUGAUGGUGUUGAUGUGAAAAUUAUUAAUGGUCAAGCACAAUUCAUCACAAGAACAGAUACCAAUAUCAAAAAGGACGAUGAGAAUCAAGAUGAUAUUCAAAUCGAUGAGAAUACUGGCAUAGAUGAUCUCGUUGAAUUCAAAAACAUGGAUGAUAUCAAGGAAGGUGAAUUGAGUGCUGCUACUAGCGAAAGCGAAGAAGAAGAAGAAGAAGAAGAAGAUAGUGAUAAUAAUAAUGAAGAAGAUAGUGAUGAUAAUAAAAAAGACAACAUCAAUGUCGGAGAUGAUGCUUUGAAGACCAAUGUUUUCACAUCAGAUGUUAAUCUAGAUAAUGAAGUAUCCUCUAUUGAUCUUCCAGAGUGGACUAAUGUUGUCGGGGAUUUAUCAUUUACUACAUUAAAUGGUUUAGCGUCUUUAGCUUUUACCAAACCUACUGAAAUCCAAAUGAAAGCUAUUCCACAUGCCUUGAAAGGUGAGGAUAUCAUGGGUAAAGCUUCUACGGGUUCGGGUAAAACACUAGCUUACGGUAUACCAAUUUUAGAGAAUUUACUUAGAACAGCUAAAGUAGAUGCCAAUAAACCAAUUGCAUUGAUAUUCACACCAACUAGAGAAUUGGCUCAACAAGUCACUCAACAUUUACAAAAAAUUUCUAAACUUAUCAUUGAAAAAAAUCCAUAUUCUAUUUUAUCUUUAACUGGUGGUUUAUCCAUCCAGAAACAACAACGUCUAUUGAAGUAUAAAGGAAGCGGUAGAGUUGUAGUAGCGACUCCAGGUAGAUUUUUAGAGUUACUUGAGAAAGAUAAUACUUUGAUUGAUAGAUUUGCCAAAAUAGAUACUUUGGUAUUAGAUGAAGCUGAUAGAUUAUUACAGGACGGUCAUUUUGAUGAAUUUGAAAACAUUUUAAAGCAUUUAAACAAUGCUAAUAAAAAAAUGGAAGGCACAGCAAAAUGGCAAACAAUGAUUUUUUCAGCUACUUUUUCUAUUGAUUUAUUUGAUAAACUUGCGUCGAGUAAUUGGAAGAAUAAGAAACUUGAUGAGAAUGAAUCUGAGAUGAAUGUUGUUUUGAAGCAUUUGAUGAAUAAAAUUCAAUUUAAGUCUAAACCAGUUAUAAUUGAUACUAAUCCGGAGCAAAAAGUGAGUGAACAAGUGAAAGAAGCAUUAAUUGAAUGUGCACCAUUAGAGCGAGACUUAUAUUCCUAUUAUUUUAUUUCAAUGUUUCCAGGUAAAACUUUGAUUUUCUGUAAUGCUAUAGAUUCCGUUAAGAAAUUGCAUUCAUUCUUAACUUUCUUAAAAAUAUCAACUUUUCAACUACACUCUUCAAUGACCCAAAAAAACCGUUUAAAGAACCUAGAGAAAUAUCAAUUUCAAUCUGAAAAGAAUGAAAAAUUAGGUAAACCAACCGUAUUAAUAGCCAGUGAUGUUGCUGCAAGAGGUUUAGAUAUACCAGAUAUUCAACAUGUCAUUCAUUACCAUUUACCUCGCACAGCAGAUGUUUAUAUUCACAGAUCUGGUAGAACUGCUCGUGGUGGUAAGCAAGGUGUCUCGGUAAUGAUCUGUUCCCCAGAAGAAGCUAUUGGUCCACUAAGAAAGUUAAGAAAAAUGUUGGAUAAUAAAUCCCAACAUUCCAGCAAACCUUUUUUCAAGAAAUGGCAAAACACAGUUCCUUUGUUACCAAUUGAUCUAGAUGUAUUAGCCCAAAUAAGAGAACGUAGUCAUUGUGCUAGUGAAUUGGCCGACAAUGAUAUAGCCUCUACCUCUUUAAGAAAAGAUGAUGUGUGGAUGAAGAAAGCUGCAGAUGAGCUGGGAAUUGAUUUUGAUUCUGAUGAUGAAAUAGUGGACACAUUUUUGGCUAAAAACAAGACUAAAAAAAUGAACAAAACGAUGGAAAGGAAUGAUAUGAGAAUGACGAAAAUUCAACUAAAUAAUUUAUUAUCUAAGCCAAUUAGAAAAGAUAUGAGAAGAAAGUAUUUAACUGGUGGUUUAGUUAAUCUUGCAGACAAUUUAGUAAAGAAAAGAGGUCAUAAAAAUAUUAUUGGUCACGAUGAAGUUGACGCCUUAGCCACUGUUCAAAAUAAGAAGCAAAAAAAAUGA